AUGAUGCUUGAAAUACUGUCUAACCGCCUAUGUUUUCGGGAAACUAUCGAGGACCAGAACAACCGCCACAGGCAGAAUAGUUCUGCGAAAGAACAGUUGGUGACGGUGGUUCCACUCGAGGCUUAUCCCGAAGAUACUGCCGCUGCUGAGGAGUAUCCGGAGCCCGAGGAGGUUCCAGUCGAGGCUUAUUCCGAAGAUGCUGUUGCUGCUGCUGAGGAAUAUCCGGAGCCCGAGGAGGUUCCAGUCGAGGCUUAUCCCGAAGAUGCUGUUGCUGCUGCUGAGGAAUAUCCGGAGCCCGAGGAGGUUCCAGUCGAGGCCUACCCCGAAGAUGCUGCCGCUGCUGCUGAGGAAUAUCCGGAGCCCGAGGAGGUUCCAGUCGAGGCCUACCCCGAAGAUGCAGUUGCUGAAGAAGUUCCUGCCCUCGAGAAGCUCCACCUAACUCCACAUUUGUUAGAGAACCUUUACUUGUACGAAGACUGGGAGAUUCUCUCCCCGAAAAAGAGGAGGUCGAGGACCAAAACUCUUAGGGCAAGGGGCCUUCCCAUUCCAGACAAAGACGGCGUAAUUUCAACCCUGAUGGUCUAG